AGGAACGUGAGUAAAGCAGUUGCAAUGUGCGAUAGUGGGUGGCCACAGAGAGAGAAAGAUAAGAAGUAAGGAGGUAGUAGGCAGUGUGUUUGUUUGUGUUGUGUUGGGCGUUAAGGAUGGUGUUGAAUUGCAAAAGCAAAAACAUCCUCCUUUUAGUUUUGUUAGCCAUAGCAAUAGAAACGGGAUGGUCAUCAGAAGAAGAAAGCAGCAUCAUAUCACGAUUCCAGCAAUACCUGAAAAUCAACACUGCCCAACCCACCCCGCGUUACCACGAAGCCGCCGAUUUCCUGAUAUCCCAAGGUAAAGCCCUCUCCCUGGAAUCCCAAAGCAUUGAGUUUGUGGCAGGCAAGCCACUUGUCCUUCUGAAAUGGGAAGGCUCAAACCCUAACCUCCCCUCCAUCCUCCUCUAUUCCCACACCGACGUCGUCCCAUCGGAGCACUCUAAGUGGACCCACCACCCCUUCAGCGCCCACCUCGACUCCUCCGGCCGCAUCUUCUCCCGAGGCUCUCAGGACAUGAAGUGCGUCGGCAUGCAGUACCUCGAGGCCCUCCGACUCCUCAAGUCCCACAACUUCCGCCCCCUCCGCUCCCUCUACCUCGCUUUCUCCCCCGACGAGGAAAUCGGUGGCCACGACGGUGCCGAGAAGUUCGCUGACUCCUCUAUCUUCCAAAGUAUGAACGUUGGCGUUGUUCUUGACGAAGGUCUGGCUUCUCCCGACCCCCAUUACCGGUCUUUCUAUGCCGAAAGGAGUCCCUGGUGGUUGGUCAUCAAGGCCUUUGGUGUUCCCGGCCAUGGCGCCAAGCUUUAUGAUAACUCUGCCAUGGAGAAUCUCUUUAAGAGCAUUGAAAGUAUCCGAAGGUUCCGCUCCUCGCAGUUCGACUUGAUCAAGGCCGGCUUCAAGGCCGAAGGCGAUGUUGUUUCUGUUAAUAUGGUCUUUCUCAAGGCUGGAACUCCAUCUCCAACUGGUUUUGUCAUGAAUUUGCAGCCUUCUGAAGCAGAAGCUGGAUUUGAUAUUCGGGUGCCACCCACUGCUGAUCCAGAAUCGUUGGAGAGGCGCAUUGCUGAGGAAUGGGCACCUUCAUCCCGCAAUAUGUCAUUUACUCUCGGGCAGUUCAAACAGAAGGCGCACACACGAGAUAAGUCUGGGAAACCAAUCCUCACCAAAACUGAUAGUUCCAAUCCCUGGUGGGCCCUUUUAGAAAAUGCUGUCCAAAAGGCUGGUGGGAAACUUGGUAAGCCCGAGGUCUUUCCCGCCGCUACAGAUUCACGCUACUUCCGUGAACGUGGAUUACCAGCAAUUGGAUUCUCACCUAUGGCAAACACUCCUGUUCUUCUACAUGACCACAAUGAGUUUCUGCACAAAGAUGAAUACUUGAAAGGGAUUAAAAUCUACGAGUCAAUAAUUAAGGUAUAUGCAUCGUUGGAUGAUAAUGGAAGAGAUGGAGCAUCCAAAGAUGAGUUAUGAGCAAGUGGUGUGGCACCUACCCCUACCUAAUUCUCAUUUUCUGCCUUUCCUUAUGUAACAAUAGAGAGGAAAAAUAACACCUCAACUGACUUUGUUGUAGCUUCUGACACAUAACAAUAAAGAGGAAACAAAUAUGUUUGUUUCAAACUUUGCUCAGAGCAACUUCACCCUUGCACGAAUGCUUUCAUAAAUAAUUUUCUUGUGCACAAUAUUAUGAAAACUCAAUCCUUCAUUU